AUGUUGAUUUGCUUGUUACUAGUUGAGGUGUUUAAUUUCUCUCUUCAACAGCAGCAAACUGGAAGCAGUCUUCAGUUUCUUCCCCCACAAGGUCAAGAAAUUGGUGAUGGUUCCAUGGGAAGUCCUGGUUCAGAAAAAAGAGCUGGUAGUGGAGCAAGGAGAGCCAGUGCAGGCAGCCGACCUCCAGGUCUACAGAGAGCAGACUCUGGUUCUGGGAGGAGGAGUAUGACUCCAACCAAACAGGUGGCUCUGCAGACUGUCAGGAAGAAAGAAGACACCGAUGUGAGUUUUGGAGACUUUGACUGGAAGGCAUAUGAAGCACAGGAGGAAGAGAGACUUAGGAGAGAAGAAACCAAGCUAGAACAGGAGAUGAAGGACAUGUCACUGCAGGGACAUCCAUUGCUUGGUGGUUCUUCUCACCACAAGAGAGCUCCAGACCCUCAGAGCGCAGUCAGUGCUGGGGCGGAAGCAUCCAGUAAUGGGAAUAAUAGCAACAAAUCUGUCAAACCUGACAUAGCCACUGCAGAAGGCGAUGACGCUGAUGCGGAAGAUGAGGAUGAAGAUGAAGAAGAUGAGGAGGAAGAGGAGGUGAAGGCCCCCAACCAGUUGAUUAUGGAGUUUCUUCAAUGUGUGAUGGAGCAAGAUUACCCAAAUGCAGCUAAACUCUGUCAGAUGAUUCUCCUGUAUGAGCCAGAACACCCCGAAGCUCUCAUGUUCAAACCACUGAUUGAAGAGAAGAUGCAGCUUGAUGCAGAGGCCAGUUCUGAAGAGAGUGAUGAUGAUGAGGAUGACGACGAUGAUGAAGACGACGAUGAUGACGACGAUGAUGAUGAUGAUAGUUCUCCUGAAGAGUCAGAGGAGUCUGAUGCAGAUGAGGAUGGGAUAAAACCAGAUUCAGGUAUUGCCUCGGCCAGUGAAGACAUGUCGAAUGGACAUAGACACUAG